CCACCGCACACCUGAACACGCGUUCAGUGAACGCGCGCCCACGUAUUCACCCCACAGCACCGCAACCAGUCGCCACCAGUCUAUGAAGCCGGUCCACGGCGCGGCAGUGGCAGCGCUGGGUGCGCUAGCUCUGAUCGGCUGUGGCGUGCGCCUCACGCACUUCAAUGGUCCUGCAACUCGGCGUGCUGCCGUGCAGCUGGUGGUGGAGCACGAGCAGCCCAGCCGCCGGCUUGUGCCGGAGACGCAGCAGCCAGCAGCCGCACGGCAGCCAGUCGUGGCACCGAAGCCUCGCGUUCCGGUGACGAGCGCGCCGCCGCCGCCAGCAGCGCUGUCACCCCGGGCUGGAGGCGACACCAAAGGCGGCAAGGCCGGCGGCGACGGUUUGAGCGCCGACGCCUGCCUGAUUGCGAAGUGGGGUGGUGUGUGGGCGCUCGAGGGUCCCCGCCGCACGCGCUACCACGUCGACAUCCCCACCCCGGGCUGCGACCAGCGCUCCGCCGAGGUGGAGGGCGACAGCCUGGCAACCUUCCCAAAGGCGCACGGAGGCGGCCCCGGGUACGCGCUCGGCGCGAAGGGCUCCAAGGCGGCCUGUCUGCGGCGCGCGUGCGCGGGUCCCGGCCUGCGGAAGCCCGCCCUCGUGGAGGCUCCCACUCCGCUGCAGGCUCCUCCGAACGGCUGGGGCCUCGGGCCUGCUCCGGGCUGGAUGGAGGGGUCUCCGCUGCGGUUCAACUCGGUGGCGAGAAAGGCCUUCGCGGCGGGAGGGAGCUACGAAGGCAUGCCGCCCGGCCAGCCGCUGCUGCUCGUCUUCGGAGGCGCGUCGGUCAACGACAUGCUUCGCAACUGGGCGCUGCACGUGCAGAGGCUCGCGCUGCCGUACGUCGUCACUUGCAUGGACGAGAGCCUCUUCACGCUCGCCGGCAACCACGGCAUGCCGGCCGCCAUCUUCCGCGGCGGCAGCGGCGAGGAGGCGAGCGCUGGCCCCGGCGUCGUGCGCUUCUUCCUCGCCUUCCUCCGCGCCGGCUUCGACAUCCUCUGCGCCGACCUCGACGUGCUCUGGCUGAGAGACCCGCGCCCGUGGGUCGCCACCUCCGCCCUCAUCUCGUUCGCCGACAUCGUCGUCUCGACCGACGUCACUUCGGACGCCGCAGAGAACGACCGCGCCUCGUGGGGGCUGGCGCAGGAGCUCAACACGGGCAUGCUACUGCUCCGCUCGAGCCCGGGCGCCGCCGUCGUGUGCGAGGCGUGGGUCGACCGGAUGAAGCAAGAGAUGGUCUCGAUCGAAAAGCUGCCAAAGAACAUGCUGCAGUGGUGGUCCAACGACCAGACCUUCUUCAACGAGGUGCACAUGCGCGCCACGCUCGACGGCUUCGCCAACCCCAAGGCGACCGACGCCGCCCGCCGCGAGCGCGCCGCCGAGCACCUCAGGUCCAUCGACCGGCGGCCGGCGAGGACGGCGGCGCUCGAUGCGGCGCUGAAGCGGCUGGGCGACAUGAUCGCCGCCGGGCCGGCCAAGGCGGGCGAGCUCGAAGACGUGCGCGGGCUGCAGUUCCGCUCGCGGAUCGGGUGCGACGGCCAGCACCACAGCUUCGCCAUCGGCACGUUUCCGUACGAGCUCUUCGCGUCGGGCCACACCUUCUUCUCGCAGUCGCUGCAGCUCCGCCGCGGCUUCUCGCCGGUGGCCGUGCACACGACCUUCCAGUUCUGCGACACGGCCGAGUUCGCGUGGGGCAAGCGCUCGCGGCUGCGCGAGCGGCUUCUGUGGCUCGUCGACCCGGACUCGUACUACGAGCGGGUGGGGCCGGCCUCGGAGCCGCAGCCCGAGCCGACCGAGCUCGAGUACUCCGGCUUCCUCCACCUCGACGGCGCGCUGCCCGACCCGCCCACCUGCGAGAUGCCACUCGCUGACUCGCCGAGGACUUGUUGCGCAGGCGCGCUGCUCGACAUGUCUUCCUGGCCGCGGCCGUACAUGCGCUCCGAGGCGUCGGCCGCCAUCAAGGUGGAGGGGUCGAGGAGCUUCAUCGACGAGACUCUCGCGCGCAAGUCGGACGUGCACACGAUGCGCGACGGCCCGGCCCGCCAUUUGCUCCUCGACUCGUUCCAGAGGCGGCUCAUCCACGACGCGCUCGCCCUCGCGCGCGCGAUGAAGCGGAAGCUCAUCCUGCCGCCGCUGCAGUGCUGGUCGGACCGCUACUGGAACGCGCUCGUGCGCGGCCGCUUCCCGGGCGUGCGGGCCGACGCCCAGCCCCUCCCCUUCCACUGCCCCUUUGACCACCUCUUCGACAACGAGAAGUGGGCGCACUCGGACGCGCCGAUCCGGGAGCACUCCUUCCUCGACAGCCACCGCGUGCUAGACCGCGACCGGAACGACUCGGUGAGGCUCGUGGUGCGCGGCGCGCCGGCCGAGGCGCGAGACCACUUGGGGCGGGAGCCAGCCGUGGCGGCGCGCACCCUCGAGCUCUCUCCCGGCGACGACUACGCAAAGGCGGCAUCGGCGCUCCAGCAGAAGGGGUGGGGUGGCGCGUACGUGGUCAAGGUUGGCGCUCGCUCGCUCGAGCUGCUGUGCGAGUCGCUCGGCUCGGCGAAGGCGAACGCGGCAUUCAACAAGGUGGUGCAGCGCGUCCUCGGCAUCGGCGAGCAGAUCCGCUACUGCGACGACGCGGACAACCGGCGGUGGCCCGGCGACGCGCGCACCUGGGGCUUUCACCGGCCGCCGCCGCUUCCCGAAGGCAGCGGCGGCCUCCUUGGCGUCGGAGCGUCGGCACCGGCAGCUUGCCGGACGGACGCCAAGGAGAUCCUCGCCGCGCGGUUUGCCGAGCCAGAGAGGAGCUGGAAGGGGAGAGGAGGGGAAAGUUGGUCAACGCAGGACCGACCAGGCUACCUCUACCACCAGUACAUGAACAAAUAGAGUCUGGGGCUCUCGAGAAACGCGGGGCCGGGCGACCCCCGCGCGCCCCCGGGGCGCGAUGUAUUUUAGGGCUUCGCCGCACACCCCUCGUGGAGGCC